UUACUAGAGUUGUGUGUUUGAGGAGUACAAUGGAAAAAUAUGGUAGAGUUUUGGUGUAAUUGUGACAACUUGAAAAUUAGAGGAGAAAUGAGGAGGAAGGGAUGUUACUAGAGUUGUGUGUUUGAGGAGUACAAAGGAAAAAUAUGAUAGAGUUUUGGUGUAAUUGCGACAACUUGAAAAUUAGAAGAGAAAUGAGGAGGAAGGGAUGUUACUAGAGUUGUGUGUUUGAGGAGUACAAAGGAAAAAUAUGAUAGAGUUUUGGUGUAAUUGUGACAACUUGAAAAUUAGAGGAGAAAUGAGGAGGAAGGGAUGUUACUAGAGUUGUGUGUUUGAGGAGUACAAAGGAAAAAUAUGAUAGAGUUUUGGUGUAAUUGUGACAACGUGAAACUUAGAAGAGAAAUGAGGAGGAAGGGAUGUUACUAGAGUUGUGUGUUUGAGGAGUACAAAGGAAAAAUAUGAUUGAGUUUUGGUGUAAUUGCGACAACUUGAAAAUUAGAGGAGAAAUGAGGAGGAAGGGAUAAUACUAGAAUUGUGGGCAAAUUUUCCGUGGAUCUUCAGUCAAACCAUGAUUUCUGGUUGAGUGGUUUUCAUUUGUUUCUUGUUAUUGCUGCUGCUGAUGAUUGUGAGUAAUACCGUCGUCCUUCGGUGAAAUCUACUGUAGCUUUGGAAGAUCGUGGACACAUCAGAAAACCACGGAAAUAUGAGAACUACGCCAGCGGAAAUCAUGGUUUGACUGAAAAUCCACGGAAAAUUUGCCUAGUGUAAUAGCCCCUUUAGAGACAUACAAAGUGAAAAUUGUAUACCAUUUUGAAUUAACUGUGACAACUUGAAAAUUAAAGGAAGGCAGAGGAAGGUAUAGUACUAGAGUUGUAUGUUAAAGGAGUACAAAGGAAAAUUAUGAUGGAGUUUUGAUGUAAUCGUGACAACUUAAAAAUUAGAGGAGGAAGGGAUAUACUAGAGUCAUGUGUUGGAGAAUUACAAAGUGAUAUCAGGGUUGUGUGUUUUGAGUAGAAAGUUAAAGUCUCAUGCCGUUUUGAAGUAACCUUAACUUGUGUGACUUGUAUGGAAGAAAACAUGAAUCAGCGAAGAAAGGAAACACCAGGAAAAGUGAUUAAGCAUGGAAGAAGACCAUGAUACCGAGAAGAAAAGAAAGACACCAGAACUAAAGAAAAAGAGUGAUUUGUUUGAAGUGAUUCAGCGUCAGAGAGAAACGAUCGUGUCCUAAAUAAGAGGGAGACAAAAUGCAGCUUGAUAACUUAACCUCGGAGUGCAAAAACAUGAGUACAAGCACCCCCACCAUCCCCACCACAGCCCCCAUGCCAUCCUCUCACCAACGGCCCAUACAACGCAGCGCUAGCGACACCAUGCUGGCCACACUCACCCACAAGACAUCCGACACCCAUGAUGGCCUCUCCGUUACCCUAUCCGUUGACGAUUGCACAAUAGCCAAGCCAGCGGAUGUGCGAGUGAGCUGGGAUGGCCAGCCGUCAGACCUCCCAUUGCUCUUCCAACUGGUGUCCGUCGGUCUGGUCGGGGCUGUGAAUGGGUGUGCGAAGGUGCGGCAGAGGGCGGGGAGGCAUGCGAGGAGGCUGCCCUUUGUCGGAGUGUCCAGGCUUCAAACACUCAUGCAUCUUGGGCGCCUGAGAAGCUCCAGCUCGUCCUCGGUGCCGGAGACGUGUGGGGACCAGAUGAUCGGAUUAAACUUCGCCGACGAGUCCGAGGCCAACUCCUUCAACACGGCCAUCAGUGAUCGGCUCGCGGCCAAGCUGAAGAAGAGGGAAGAGAGGAAACGCAUGAGUGAGCAGCAACAACAACAACAGCAGCAACAGAGGCCAACCAGUGUCCACUCCACACACCAGCAGCAGAACGUAAGCCAUCUCCACCACCAGCCCCAGCAGCAGCAACAGCCCCAGCCUCCGCAGCAGCCCAAGCCACACUACGUCAGCCCCUACACCAACAACGACUUACGCAAGAAGGGAACCAAGAAGGGCAACAAGAAGACGACCAAACUGAGCAAGAACGAGAUAGGGAUGCCGAUGGACUUCAAGCACAUCACGCACGUUGGCUUCAAUCCCGACACCGGCUUCUCCCAGUUCAACAUGGACGACAAACUGGAGGGCUUCUUUAACAUGGUCGGGGUGAGCCAGAAGCAACUCUCAGACAGCCGGACCCGGGAAUUCAUCUACGACUUUAUCGAGAAGAACGGAGGUGUCGAAAAGGCCAUCCAGGAGACUCAACGGCACUCCUCCCGCGGCAGCCCCCCUCCCCCCAUCAUCCCUUCCUCCGCCAUGCUCCCCCCUCCCCCCGCCAAGUCCUCGGUGCCUCCCCCUCCUCCCCCGACCGUUCCGUCUCACACCCCGACGCAAGGGACACGGGCCGCCCCUCCGCCGCCACCACCCCGGAACACCAACCAUGGACACCCGCCACCCCCGCCACCACCAGGAUUUGCCCCGCCCCCGCCUCCCCCACACUCCAGAAGCCCGAUGCCUCCGCCGCCUGGUCAGGUCAUGGCAGGCAAGAAGACCACCCCCCUCCCCCCUCUACCACCCCCCACCACCAACCACCACCAGACCCCCCCUCCCCCUCCCCCCACCUCCACCAUCCCCUCCCUGCAACACCACCACCCUCACCACCACUCCACCAAGGCCGCCGCUCCUCCACCCCCACCCCCCCCUGCUCCCCCAGCUAACGGCAUGGCCCCUCCGCCCCCGCCCCCUCUACCCGCGGGGCCGCCAGGGGGGGGUGCGGCCACAGACACGCGCUCGGCACUUCUCGAGCAGAUUAGGGCCGGCUCGACGCAUCUUAAGAACCCACAUGACUCCCAGAAAGUGGAGCCCGUUGAGCGGCCUGCAGCUACAGAUUCUCGCAGUCAGUUGAUGGACCAAAUCCGCACAGGCUUCAGCUUGAAACCGGUGGAGGAUGGGUCAGACAGCAGUGGCCCCAAGUCUGCUGAGCCCAAGCUGGAGGGUCUGGCUCUGGACCUGCACCGCGCCCUGGCCAUGCGCGCCACCGCCAUACAGUCUGACGAUGACGAUGACAGCGACUCCGAGGAGGAUGACGAGUGGGACGAUGACGAGACCUGAGGGCCGGAGAGGAGGGGGGGGAGGGGGAGGUGAGGUGCCGGGGUCGGUGUUUGUUGUGGAGCGUCGUGGAGAGUGAUACAGGUGUUGUUAGGGGCCAAGUGAGUGCCGAGGGUGUGGUGGUGGUGGUGGGAGGAGAGGUUGCUUGUGUGUGUGUGUGUGAGGGUUUUGUUUUGUUUUUAUUAACCUUGUUUUCCUUUUUUUUGUUGAGGUGUUUUGGUAUGUUUGUUGUUAUGGUAAGUAUGAUUCUUAUUUUUGUUGUUUUAAUUGAGGUCUAUUGAUGAUAUGAAUAAUUGCUUUAUUCAUAAUUGAUCUGAGGGUAAGAAUGCAUAGAUUUUGUCCCAUUCUUACUUCCUUAUAAUAAUGGAAACAUAUCAUAAUAUUUAAUUUCCACUUGAAUCUCUCAAUGGCUUAUUUGAAAUCACAAAGGAUCUGAGAUAUACUAUGAACCUGUGAAUCUUUAUAGAAUAUCAUAUAUGAAUUUUUAAAGUAUAUAAUCUGUUUACACUCGUGUAUGUACUGUAUAGAAUUGUGUGUAGUCAAAGGUGUCUGAGGGAAAUACAAGCCCUGAGGUGCAGGAGGUUGGCGUUGAGGACAGAGCCUCCCGGAAUAGUACUUUUUGCUCUGGUCACGUAGACGCAGUGAUCACAGUGUAUUUUUACGUCACAUUUUUAUUUUUGAUCUGUGUAUAAUUACAAAAAUCUCAUGAGAAUCGAUUACUGGAUGGUUAGGGAAUUGAGUCAACUUUUAUUAUUAAUUUCUGAGAUUUUCUAAGUCUUAGUUGCAUAUUGUAUCUGUGACAGUUUCUUUUGGAUGAGUGAAUAUGGAUGUUAGUGUGGACAGGAGUGUGUUGUGGAGGAUCUGAGACUUUGACACAGAGAUCUGAGGCUUUCUGUGAUGAGGCAAUAGAUGGUGUGGUUGUUGAAAACUUGUAAUACAUGUUAGGGUAUAUUGUAUAGAUAUAAACUACAGUGAGGUUUAAUUCUCUUAUAAAAAAGUAAUAUAUGUAUCUGUCUAUAUCUAUCUAUUGUUCAAAUGUUAUAUUGUUAUGUAUUGACCUAAUGUGUUUUAUGUCAUAUUUUUAUGGAGAACAUUAACCCAGGUCUUCCUUAUGCUUGUUUUGGAAACUAGUCUGUAGUUUGUCAUGUAAUCAUUUAAUCUUUGAAAUACUAAAAUAUUUACAUUAUGGAGAACA